CUCUUUGACAGAACUCAGUGCCCUUGCAACUGAGUCCUCACUCGCUGCUAGAGUUCUCUUUUUCAUCUUCUUCAUAAGGGUUUUGUUUUUAACAGUUGAUUUGUUGUCGAAGAAAUCGACUGAUCUCUGAGGCAAAAAUUAGUUUUUCGUCUUUUUUAUUAAUUUGUCUGGUGCCGUUAUUCUGGUCCACAUUAGGGUUUCGGUUUACAUUGUGAAUUAUUGUGUCCGAACUACUGCAACUGAAUUUUCAAUUUUUAUUGAAAAUCUUAUAUCAUUUUUAUCUGUGAUAUAUUUUCUUUUUCUGAUAUUUUCCAUUAGGAUACUUGUCUGAAAAUGAAAAUUCAUGAACGUUGAAGGAAGAAAGUUAAACAGAUAAAGAGUUUUGAUGGUUAUUUAUGUUCAGGUUUUUGGGUGCCCAUGGAUAUAUUGGAAGAAGUAUGCUUUUUGCGGCUAUGGGGAGUGAUCGGGCUUUUGGGUAUUGGAAGAGCUCCAUUAGAGCCUUACAUUCCCUUCACCAAUUCAGACAAAAGAAACCUGUUCAGAGAACUAGUCAAAAGUUUAGGAAACCGACUGAGAAAGAAAAUGUAGACCAUAAAAUUUACAUGAGGGAUACCAUUGGAAAUAUAUCUAAAAUAUUAAGGUAUUUGACUUGGGAUUCUGCUCAAGAACAGCUAGAAAAGCUCUCCAUAAGAUGGGAUUCUUAUACUGUCAAUCAGGUGCUGAAAUCCCAUCCACCAAUGGAGAAGGCUUGGUUGUUUUUCAAUUGGGCUUCUCGGUUAAAGGGUUUUAAGCAUGACCAGUUUACCUACACAACGAUGCUAGAUAUUUUUGGAGAAGCUAGGAGGAUUGAGUCCAUGAAUUAUGUUUUUCAGCAGAUGCAAGAGAAAGGAAUUAAGAUUGAUGCAGUUACUUACACAUCACUGAUGCAUUGGUUUUGCAAUGAUGGGGAUAUUGAGAGAGCUGUGAGGGUGUGGAAGGAGAUGAAAGCUAAGGGUUGUUGUCUGACUGUCGUUUCUUAUACUGCUUAUAUGAAGAUUCUAUUUGAUAAUAAAAGAGUGAAGGAGGCAGCUGAUGUUUAUAAGGAGAUGCUUCAAUCUGGAUGUGCUCCAAAUUGUUACACUUACACCGUCUUAAUGGAGCAUCUAACUGGUUCUGGCAAAUAUAAAGCAGCUCUUGAGAUUUUUAGCAGAAUGCAAGAAGCAGGGGUACAACCUGAUAAAGCAACAUGCAAUAUUUUAAUUGAGAAAUUUUGCAAAACAGGGCAGACAUGGGCAAUUACCCAAAUUCUUCUGUAUAUGAAAGACAACUUCCUUGUCCUUCGGUACCCUGUAUAUCUGGAAGCCCUUCAAACAUUAAAAGUUGCAGGUGAGAGUGAUAUCCUCCUCAGGCAAGUAAAUCCUCAUUUGAACGUUGGGUUGAGCAGCAAGGAGGAGAUUGUUGAGUUUAAAGAAACUGUUGCUGAUGUUCACUCCACCAUAGAUAGAGGAUUUGUAUUACUUUUUUUGACAAAGCAAAAUUUUUAUGCCAUUGACUGCUUGCUUACUGGGAUGAUUCAUAAGAAUACUCAAUUAGAUUCUGUGAUUAUUUCACAGAUCAUUGAGGUAAAUUGUGCUCAUUGCAGAAUCAAUGGUGCAUUAUUGGCUUUUGAAUACAGUGUGAAAAUGGGCAUAAACAUAGAAAGGACAGCCUAUCUUGCACUGAUGGGUGUUUUCAUCAGAGCGAAUUCAUUCCCAAAGGUUGCAGAUAUUGUUGAGAAGAUGGUGAGGGCUGGAAUUUCCCUUGGAAUGUAUUUGGGUGCUCUCUUAAUCUAUAGACUUGGUUGUGCUAGAAGGCCUGGUUCUGCUGCAAAGGUUUUUGGUUUAUUGCCUGACGACCAGAAAGGCACUGCUGCUUACACUGCUUUGAUCAGUGCCUACUUCUCUUCUGGAAAUGUUGACAAAGGACUUAAAAUUUACAAGACCAUGCAAAGGAAAGGGAUCCAUCCUGCCUUAGGCACAUACAAUUUAUUAUUAGCUGGUCUCGAGAAAAAGGGUAGAGUACGUGAAGCAGAAAUCUAUAGGAAGGAAAAGAAGACAUUACAGACUCAUGGUCAUUCCCAAGAUAUUGUUUCCAUGGAUGAAAAGAUUUGUAACCUUCUAUUUUCUGGAAAUUUGGUAUCAUGACAUACAAAUUGGGACCAUCCGUAGCCUGAUAUUAAUACAUGCCUAUUUUAUCAUCCUGCUGAGAAAAUUGGGGUAUAUGCCAGCGUUAAGGGAAGUGUGAAAGAUCAUGCUGCUGUUCCUGUAAGUUGCCAGUUGAAUGACAAAUCUGAGAGGGAAUGCCUAUUAGUUUGUCCAUAGGCCAAACUCAGUGUGCAUACUGCUCGUAAAUGCAAGAGCAUAUGAAGCAGCUGUGGGGGUACGAAGUGGGUAGCAGUGUGUUACUUGAGACUCCAUGCUUGCUCUAGCAAGUUGGAGCAGGAGCAAAUGCUGUCAUUUAGGAAGUUUUUCUCUGAUGAUUUGGGAAAAUGUUGCUAGUCUGAUUUGAAAUCCUAUUUACAAUAGCUUGUAGACCUGUAAAUCUUUCAUUUCAUUUUCCAAUGAUUAUUGAAUGGUAACUGUUGUAUGCAACUCAGGAAAUUCAUGUGUAGUGGGAGAUAUUUUGCA